AUGGACCAAGGAGGUAGAGGUGGCGGCGGAGGUGAGCAAGUAAAGUACCGGGGAGUUCGAAGACGGCCUUGGGGAAAAUACGCGGCGGAAAUACGAGAUUCGAGGAAACAUGGUGAACGUGUGUGGCUUGGAACGUUUGAUACCGCAGAGGAAGCAGCUAGAGCCUAUGAUCAAGCCGCCUACUCCAUGAGAGGCCAAGCAGCGAUUCUGAAUUUCCCUCAAGAGUAUAACAUGGGAAGUGCUGGCUCUUCCGCGGCUAUGGUGGCUGGAUCUUCCUCCUCCUCUGCUUCUUCUUCUAGGCAAGUUUUCGAGUUUGAGUAUUUGGAUGAUAGUGUUUUGGAGGAACUCCUUGAGGAAGGAGAGAAUCAUAGCAAGAACAAUAGUAACAAGGGUAAGAAGAAGUAA